AUGAUUUCAUUUACUUUCUUUGCACUUCUUUCGUUCUCCUCUGCAAGUUACAUUAUUGCUAACGACACUUCUUUAAAAUUCUUUGUAAUUGAAGAGAACGAAUGUUAUCAAGGUGAAGACGGAGUUUUCAAAUUGGUGUUAUCCGAGGACUUCAAAACAGUAUAUGUAUUGAAAGGGAGACUUUGUAAAGAACUUACAAUGCAAAAAACUUACACCAGUGGAUUUGCUGUUACAAAUAAAAUUCCACCAAAUUUUGUGAUUCAAAAGAUGUAUUUCAUUUCAAGGUCAUGUAAGAGCAACCCAGAGGCAAGAGACGAUGCUUGGUACUAUCCAUAUGGGUGCCUUAACUACAAUACUUUUUCUUUAAAUAUUUCUGAGACUGAAAAUGGGUUCCAAAAGGCAAAAUUCAUGAAUAAUAAUUGUGUUGGCGAUCCAAUCCAAGUCGAUAAGUACGAUUUCUUUACUUGCUACAUGAAGAAUUUAACUCAUUCCGAGCAGUAUGUCCCAGGGGAACAAUAA